GCAGGGAAUUCAGCAUUUGUGACUGGAAACCAGCACUUUAAAAAAGACAGUCUCACGAAACACAACAUAUCUAAACGGCACAUCGCCUGCAGAGACGGUUCUUUAAUUCGACAGAACAAAGGCUCGACGGUGGACGCAGCCCUGGUUAGACAGGUGAAGAUUUCGGAGAUGGAGGCAAUGAGACAGCUCAAGAUCAAAAUGAACAUUGCCUACUUCAUCGCCAAGGAGGAAGAGCCGUUUGUGAGAUUUGGGCCACUUAUCACCCUGCACAAGAAGAAUGGCAUUGAUGUGAACCCAACUUACGACAACCACGUGAGAUGUGCGGAAAUGAUUGGACAAAUUGCUGAUCUCUUGAAAGAGAGCCUAACUGCUCAACUGAGAACAGCAAAGUACCUUGCAGUCCUCAUCGAUGGAGACACUGACAAACACUGAGUGCGAGAUUGUCUAUGUGCGUCUGGUGGAGGGUGGGAAACCAGUCACUCUACUGGUUGGCCAACAGGCUCUUGAACACUCCCAUGCCAUUGGUGUUCUGGAUGCAACCAAGGCUGCAUUCAGUGCAGUUUACCCCGAGGACAAUGGGGGGGUCGUGGUUGGCGAAGCUCCUCAGCUUUGGGGCAGAUGGUGCCUCAGUGAAUAUGGGCCACCGUGGAGGAGUGAUUGCUCUCCUCCAAAGAGAGGCAGGGGAGCAUAUUAUCCCCAUCCACUGCAUGCCACACAGACUAGAGUUGGCAAUCCUGACCCUGCAGAAGAAGGAACCAAUGGUGUGCCAGGUGUACGAUCUCCUGCAUCUCGUGUGGAAGACCUACCACUUCAGUGGAAAAUCCAAGAGAGAGCUCCAUCAACUAGGGCAAGAGCUUGGUGUGAAGGUCUGCACACCGUCUACCGUCAAGGGGACACGCUGGAUUCCUCAUGUCCACAGAGUCCUCAAAGUGUUCCUGCGAUAUGGAACAGAUACUGACCUUGCCACAGGCCAUGGCCAGUACUCCAUUGUUCUGCAGCACAUGGAGCACCUGGCUGUUGCAGGAUCAGUGGAGAUUCAAGGACGGGCAAAGGAGGUGAGUCCUAGACAGUACAUGAAACUAAAAAAUUGA